ACCUCUGAAAAUAAUCCAUAGUGACCCUUACAGCUAUUGGAUGAAAUUACACAGGAUUUCUUAUGUAAUAGACAUGCAAUUCUACAUCUCUAUUAUAAAACAUGACAGAAAGUUGUUUUCCCAGCGCCUAUCCAAAACAAGACAUUUGAGAGGGUACAGUUAUAUAAGGCUCAAAUUAAAAAAAAAAAAAUAAAUUUGUGUGAAGUUAAAGUUAUAGCAGGAAUGGUACCUGCCUCCUUGCUCAAGCUCACCAAUGAUGAAUCCACAAAAAAGACCCUGAAGAGCAUCUUUAGCCAGAUUUCAGAUUUCUUUCAAUGACUAUGUGUAACUGAUAAUUUCACUUCCCUGCAAAACCAGCUAUUACUAGGUCUGUUCUUACAGUCCUAAUGUAACAAUACUGGGACAGGUCGACUUACCCAGCAGAAUAAUCUAUCACUGACCUCUUUUUCUGUUACAUAAUGUAUUUUAUUAUUUUGUAUGUUUUAUAGUUGAAAUUACAUGUUUUACCUUAUCUUUUAACUUUAUACAGAAUCCCUAGUGCCUUGCAUAUUAAGAACUGACUGUAACAUUCAAAUGAAACUACUAGAGCUUUGUCUUGCAACAUUUUUCCCCCAGAGAACUUUUUGUUGCAAGUAUACAUGUUAAAAGAUGUAACUGGCAUAGAAUUCAUACUGUGCCUUCAUACAAACAGAAACACAUUCUUAACCUGGUAGAGAUAGUGCAAGUUAGUCAUUUAGAAAAAAAAAAAAAAAAGUAUUAUUUCAUUUCAUGUUGAACUCUUGUUGGUAAAUAAUGCUAAAUAAUUAGAAGAAGGUAAAAAAUAUUACCUCCAUCUGGCUUACCAGGAAAAAAAAAAAAUCAGGUCACCAUCAAGUUGUAAGCUUACGGCAAGUAACUACGCAAAUAUUUUACUACUCAAUCCACAGGCUUCCUUUGCUUUUUAUUUUACCUGUGCCACUGAGGCAUCAUCUGAUAUUUAGGUUGCUUACUUCUCACAAUGAGUAUUCCCUGGUGAAUUAAUUAUGUGGUGCUGUUAUUUGCUCCUGUGAACUAAAGUCAAUGCAAAGAAUGUAACUUUAUAUUACUUGUCAUACAGUAUUCAUUAUUACAUUCUUCCUGCUCGCUGUUGUAGUCCAGCCUUAACACCAGAUUCUAAAUAAUUUGAAUACUUACAUUUAGGAUGAUAGCUAAUGAUUGCAUUACUGUAUUACAAUCAGAUAAUGAGGAAUAUUAUAGGAAAGUUCUUUUCAAUUCUUGAAAAAAUAUAAAAGAUAUACAAUAAUCAUGUUUUAUUUUACUGACAUAUCCCAUUUAUUUAAAAAAUCUUCCCAGAAAUACGUACUACCUAUAAAUUACUAAAAGGUAAAAUAUAACCAUGUUUGUGCAUCCCAUUAACAACUUAAAAUGACAGGUAUCUGUAUACUAUACCAGGCCUUAAUGAGACAAAAAUGUGAAAGCACAAUACAUUUUUCAUUAGUUUUUUAGAAAAAAAUCAAAUGACAACAAGCAACCUGUAAGAAAACAUUGGUGCCAGGUGUAUGUUCACUGUACUAUUACAUGCUGUCCAUAAUUUAUGAAGCUGAAUAACGACAUGUAGCGAUCAGGGAAGUUAACAUCAGAAUGAAGAGGGCGAAGAGGUCUCUUCACUGUUUUCAACAGUGUACCCACACACAGCAUACUGUCUUUAUAUCUAGAAAGCUUAUCUCGGUACACAGUUGUAAACAGCAGUGAGAGGUAACUACAGUUUGCCAUAUAUUUUGCGCAAAUUGCUUGAGAAAUAUAUUUUUAAACCAGUACUGUCUGCAUGAAGGUCUUUAAUUCCUGCCUUUUGAAGCUGCAUUAAAAUACUCUUUGAAGAACGAGUCUCAGGAUAACCAACUGUGCAAAUAGUUUAGAUUUAUGGGAGCCCAGUCAUUUGUUAGGGCACCUUCUCCCUUGACAUCAGAGGGAGUAGGAUUAGGUUCUAAAGCUUCACCCUUAAAUUUGCAGUUCGUUUUCAGGACUAUAUCAGUGUGAUCUAUCGGGGGAAUUCAGAGAGCUUUGCCCUCCCUUGCACUGCCACCAGCUUUGUUCAGUGCAGUAUAUGCUCUUUAGCGUGCCACAGUCACGGUUGUACGACUGCAUAGCUCCUCCCAUACAGAUUAGGACUACCUCCACCCCCAUGACUAAGGCCUGGAACAGAAAUGAAGUUUAAAGUAUAUUGAUACAUUUUCGGGUAGUAUUCAGAAAUACUUGAUUUAUCUCUUUUUCUGGACAUUUCAGACAUAAUGAGGUGAACCCUAUGCAUACUGAAGUAUUUUUUAGGAACAUAGCGAGUGUCCAUUCUGCAAUAAAUUCCUGUGAGUGGACAUCUGAAGAUAAAAGGCACACAAGAAACCACUUGUCUGAAUGCAGAUGAGGAAUCUGAUUUUUCCUUUUAAAAAGUGAAUUACAGUAGUAUCUAACAGAAUAAAAAAUGUUUCCUUUAAGGAAAAAAAAUCCAGAUUUGGCCAUGUGUUAUACCACCUUCUAAAAGAGCUAAUGACUUAAGUUAGUUGUUUUCCUGUGGAAGUAAUAACAUCAUAGUAGUUAGGCAAAAGAGCCAUUUAUACAAAUUCUUAUAGUUGAGUGGGAUUUAAAAUACGUAGAGUGAUUCAGUGACAUUGUCACUGGAAAAUACUGACUGAAACAGUACUCAAAAUAAGUGUUGUGUCUUACCAUGGUGUUUGUACUGGCUAAACCGUAUUUGGCAUUUGAAAAGUAAAACUUCAGUAAUUACACUUUAUUUACACACUAAGUAACCAAAAAAAUCAUUAUAUAAAUAAAUCAUUAUAUAAAUAAAUAAAUAUUUUAAAAUCACAGAAAGAUUCUAUCAAUGAUUGGUAACAAUCAGUUAGAAGUAGAUUGAAGUAGUAUUCCUGGGUCAACUCUGUUAUUUUAGAAUUACAUUUUCCUGUGAAUUCAUAGGUGUAUAUGUCCACAUGCGUAUAGGUAUGUAAACUCCAAAUAGGUAGUCCAGUAUUUUCCCCCUUCAGUUACAGAUUUGCACUGUAUUAGAUUAAGGGCAAAGACUUAUGAACACACUUCAUUUACUACACCAAUUAUUUCCCUUUAUUUCAAAUGGAUAACUUGGAAGUUGUAAAUGCAUAAACUGUAACAGGAUUGGGACCUCUUAUAUUAAUUUAAGACAGAGGUAUGCAGUACAUUUUUUUUUCAGAGCCUCGUUUACUCAGACUCCACUAAAUUUACAUGAGCAUGUACGCCUUAGAGAUUAGUAUUUCCAGUAGUGAAUUACCGUAUUUUCCAGUGCCAUCUUCAUGUCUGUACUUUCAAACAAAAACCACAUACACUUGUAAAACAAACUUUGAUUCAUCCAGCAUUACAUAUGUAAUAGUUGUUUAAGCUCGAGAGAGGCAUUUUAAAUCUUUAUGAAAGAGGAUUAUUCAGGAAAUCCUAACACUUGGGAAGAUUCAAGUGCACUGGCGUAAGGUAUUAUCCCUUUGUGCAAAUCAUAUCCAUCCAGAGCUGAAAGGGUGUGUUUAUAUGUCACAGGGUAUUUACAGCUGUGUCCAACUGUAUGGCUGAAUCCUGAAGUCGACAGACAAGCAAGGCUUCCUCUAGAAAUCGAGAGACUUGUCCAAAUACUCAGGAGCAGAACGACGUGAGUAUGAAAAAGCAUAGUUAAUUAAUCGGAUAUAAAUGCUUCUUUACUGUUAUCCUCUGCUACGAUUAUUCAGUUUUACCUGUAUAGAGGAACACGAGAAAAUCUUUCAGAUUAGGACAUUCUUUCUCCAAACACUCCUUCACAACCCCCAAUUAGGGCGUUUCCAGUAAAUGUGGUGGUGGGGAGCAUCAGCCGCCAGAGAAGGAACCUUCACCCGAGUACCAGCGUUCUCCCCCGUGCUCAUCCAAAAAGGCUGUUUUUAAAAGCCACUCCAGUUCGGUACGUCCACCUGUAAAUCCCUCGCCCCGGCAGCGCUUUCCGCAUCGGGUGUUUCAGUUCCUGCGGCACGGCCUCUUUACACCCAGAGAUGGACCCGACCGGUAACUAACUCCACCGAGUGGCCCAGGUCUGAUACAUCGCACCGCCGGGCCCGGAGGAGGGGGACACUGCUGCCUCUGCGUGUUCAUUUUAAGGCGCCUUUUUAGGUCUGCCUCCUGCGAGGUGGCAUUUUGCAGUCCUCCUCCCCACCAUCCUAUGGGAAGCCAAAAAUAAAGCCGAAAUCGCGUGGUUCUUUCAACGGUCACUUCUUCACAAAUCGCUGGCUGCCUUUCUUCUCGGCCCAGGCCUCAGCGUAAACUCCGGUCUCGUUCCGCGUCCCAGAAACAGGGGCGGGGGAGUGAAAAAAAAAAAAAAAAUAGAAACUCAGGCGGCAGGCGAAGGGGUGGGGAAGGGAAGAGAGCCACGCAGUGGAGACUCAGCUGUGCCCGCCGCCGCCAGGAGAGGCGAGGCGCGGCUCGGCGCGGCGGAGUGAGUCGCUGCAGCUGCGGCGGCGCUGGAAGGGGAGCGGCGCGGGGCCGGGCCGCGCAGUGGCGGCGGCGGCGGAAGCUGCGCUGGCGGAGCGAGGGAGCGAGCGGGAGAGGAGGCGGCAGCGGAGGGAAGGGGGAGGCUGUUGGUGUUUGGCGCCGGUGGAGGGAGUCAUUCCUGCAGCUGCACUUCCGGUCGGCAUUUUGUUCUGAGACGGAGCGAGAGAGACACACACAAGAUCCUUCCCCCUCCUCCUCCUCUUCCCCCUACCCCCCCCUCCCCGCUCGGUACCGACUCACCGUGUCCAGGCUGCCCCCUCCCCCGCCCUCUUGCACUCGCACACACACAGGGAGCGGCGGCGGUGGCGGCCCCUUGGCAGCGCUGCCCCCCCCCCCGGCCACCCCCCUGCUCCCCCGCCGCACGGAGUGUGUCUCGGAACCGGUUCGGCGCGGCCCGGCCCGUGUUGAUGUUGUGAAGCAGUCUCAGGGGGAAAGGAUUUGUCUCGGCCGCUCACCCCCCGGCUCUACAUGUUCGCUGCACUGAGGAGGAGACGGAAGAGGAGCCAGCCCCCCUCCCGGCCCGGAUUAUUGUUGUUAUAUUAUCUCCCCUCCUCCUCCUGCUCCGCGGCGGCGGCGGCGGCCCAGCGGCGGCGGCGGCGGCUCCUCUGAGGAGGGAGGGGGGCGGAUUUCUCUCCCCCUCUCUCGGAUUCUCGUUGGAUUCAGACGCCGAUUUGCUCAGUGCUUGGGAGAUGGGAAGUAAUGAUAGUUGGCACCUGAACUGAAAUAUCUGUGUAGGCACUACUAUCCCAGAACUUCAGGAUGAAUGGGGAUAUGCCUCAUGUUCCCAUCACUACUCUUGCAGGGAUUGCUAGUCUUACAGACCUUUUGAACCAGCUGCCUCUUCCAUCACCUUUACCUGCUACAACAACAAAAAGCCUGCUUUUCAAUGGACGGAUAGCUGACGAGGUGAACUGCCUUCUGGCUUGCAGGGAUGAAAAUCUGGUUUCACAGCUCGUCCACAGUCUCAAUCAGGUGUCAACAGAUCACAUAGAGUUGAAAGAUAACCUUGGCAGUGAUGAUCCAGAGGGAGAUAUACCGGUCUUGCUGCAGGCUAUCCUGGCAAGGAAUCCUAAUGUUUUCAGGGAGAAAAGCAUGCAAAACAGAUACGGGGUACAAAGCGGGAUGAUGAUGUCACAAUUUAAUAUUUCUCAGAAUUCCAUGCGUGGUAGUCCUGCAUCUUCCAAUUACCAACAAACCACUAUUUCACAUAGUCCUUCCAGCCGGUUUGUGCCACCACAGACAAGCUCUGGUAACAGAUUUUUGGCACAGCAGAACAGUCCAGUGCCUAGUCCAUAUGCUCCUCAAAGCCCUGCAGGAUACAUGCCAUAUUCACAUCCUCCAAGUUACACACCACAUCCUCAGAUGCAGCAAGCUUCAGUAUCCAGUCCCAUUGUCACAGCUGGAAUGAGGAAUCUCCAUGAAAAUAAAGUUUCAAGUCAGUUGUCUGGAAAUUCAGCUAAUCAUCAUGCAGAUAAUUCUAGACAUGGCUCAAAUGAAGACUACCUACAGAUGGUGCACAGACUAAGUAGUGAUGAUGGUGAUCCUUCAAUAAGGAAUGCUGCAUCUUUUUCCUUGAGGUCACCACAGUCAGUCUGCUCUCCAGCUGGAAGUGAUGGAACCCUUAAAGGAUCAAGACAACCUUUAAUCCAACAAUCUCAGCCUCCACCUUAUUCAUCACCUAGAGAUGUUCCCCCAGACAUAUUGUUAGAUUCUCCAGAAAGAAAGCAAAAGAAACAAAAGAAAAUGAAGUUAGGCAAGGAUGAAAAAGACCAGACUGAAAAAGCUGCAAUGUAUGAUAUCAUUAGUUCUCCUUCCAAGGACUCCACUAAGCUUACAUUAAGACUCUCUCGUGUAAGAUCUUCGGAUAUGGACCAGCAGGAUGAUAUGCUUUCUGGUUUGGAAAACAGCAGUGUGUCAGAGGGUGAUAUUCCUUUUAAUGUGCAGUACCCAGGACAGACUUCUAAAACACCCGUUACUCCACAGGAUGUUAACCGCCCACUAAACGCUACUCAGUGUUUGCCGCAGCACGAACAGACAGCUUUCCUUCAGGCACAACAAGUGCCUGUUUUACAACAGAACACUUCAGUUGCUGCAAAACAACCUCAAACUCUUGUGGUACAGACACAGCAACAGGUUUCGCAACAAGGAACUAUAACGUCAUAUGAUGAAGUAGAAUUGGAUGCAUUGGCUGAAAUUGAGCGGAUAGAACGUGAAUCAGCUAUUGAAAGGGAGCGAUUUUCAAAAGAAGUGCAAGAUAAAGAUAAGCCUCUGAAGAAGCGAAAACAAGAAAACAAACCACAGGAGUCUGGAGGUGCUACUGGAGGAAAUAGAGCAGCUUCUCAGGAGACAGGUUCUACAGGAAAUGGUGCGAGGCCAGCGUUGAUGGUUAGUAUUGAUCUGCAGCAAGCAGGAAGAGCGGACUCUCAGGCAACAAUAACUCAGGAUUUGGACACCAUCAAAAAACCUGAAGAAAUUAAGCAGUAUAAUGAUGGGUUUGUGUGUGUUCCCCAAGAAGACACUGUUGGAGUUCUUAAAUUUAAACCUGAAAACCACCCUGAGAUUUUCAGGAAAAAGUCAGACUUUGAGGGUCAAAAGGUGGAUAUCCAGCAAAAUGAAAACAGACAAAUGGAAUUUCAACAAAAUGAGAGCAGACGGUUGGAAAGUAAACACAACGAGAACAAACAGUUAGAAGCUAAACAUGAAAGCAAACAUGAAAGCAGACAAAUGGAAGUGAAACAAAAUGAAAACAGACAGACAGAAUCAAAACAGAAUGAGAGCAGGCAAAUGGAGAUGAAACAAAAUGAGGGAAAACAAAAUAAUGGCAAACAGGAAAUAAGGCAGAGGCCCGAAACGCCAAAACAGAAGAGUGAAGGCAGGCCUGAAACGCCAAAACAGAAGAGUGAGGGCAGGCCCGAAACACCAAAACAGAAGAGUGAAGGCAGGCCCGAAACGCCAAAACAUAAGCAUGACAAUAGGAGGGACUCAAGUAAACCAUUGUCAGAUAAAAAAAUUGAAAUAUCUAGACAUAAACUAGAUGUGAAAUCUGAUCCUUUAAGGGUAAAACCUGAAAGUAGAUCUGAUCCAACAAAACAAAGGCCUGAUGGGCGUUCAGUUUCUGAUAUACUGAGACGUGACCAUGAUAGCCUUAAACAAAGAUCUGAGGAGAGAGGGGAGUCAGAGAGAUACAGAGGAGAUCCAUCCAAGAUUAGAAGGCCUGAAUAUUUGAGAUCCUCAAACAAAAAUGAACAUGAUUCUAAGCAUGGUAUUAAAUCUGAUGGUUCAAAACCUGAGAAAUUUGAAAGGAAACAUAGGCAUGAGUCUGGUGAAUCAAGGGAAAGGUUUUCUUCUGGGGAUCAGAAAUCAAGACCUGAUAGUCCUCGUAUUAAACAGGAAGGUAAAGGAGAUUCUGGUAAAUCAAGACCUGAUAAACCUGGCUUUAAAUCACCCAACAGCAAGGAUGACCGAAGGACAGAUGGUAAUAAAAGUAAAGUAGAUAGUAAUAAGGCACAUGCUGACAAUAAAGCAGAGUUUCCCAGUUAUUUGUUGGGUGCAAGAUCUGGCGCAUUGAAACAUUUUGUCAUUCCAAAAAUCAAGCGUGAUAAAGAUGGCAACGUUACUCAGGAGUCAAGAAAAACUGAAUUUAGAGGUGAACAGAAGGACAAAGUAGAGAAGAUUGGGCUAGUUGAAGAUCUAAAUAAAGGAGCUAAGCCUGUAGUUGUCCUUCAAAAGCUUUCUUUGGAUGAUGUACAGAAAUUUAUUAAGGAUAGAGAAGAUAAAUCAAGGGGCUCUUGUUUUAAACCUAACAAGAACAAGUCAUCCAAAUCUAAUAAAGGUAGCAUAGAUCAGUCAGUGUUAAAGGAGUUGCCUCCUGAGCUGCUGGCAGAAAUUGAAUCCACCAUGCCACUUUGUGAACGUGUGAAAAUGAACAAGCGCAAACGUAGCACAGUUAAUGAGAAACCAAAAUAUGCUGAAAUCAGUUCUGACGAAGACAAUGACAGUGAAGAAGCUUUUGAAUCUUCUCGUAAAAGACAUAAAAAAGAUAGAGAUGAAGCUUGGGAGUAUGAAGAGCAUGACAGAAGAAGUUCUGGUGACCAUAGGAGAAGUGGUCAUUAUCAUGAAGGAAGGAGGUCUUCUGGUAGUGGCCGUUACCGUAAUCGCAGUCCUGAUGACUCUGAUAUGGAUGAUUAUUCUCCUCCUCCUAGCCUCAGUGAGGUGGCUAGGAAAAUGAAGAAAAAAGAAAAACAAAAGAAGAGGAAAGCUUAUGAACCUAAACUAACACCUGAAGAAAUGAUGGAUUCUUCAACUUUCAAAAGGUUUACUGCUUCCAUAGAGAACAUUUUGGAAAAUUUGGAAGACAUGGAUUUUACAGCUUUUGGUGAUGAUGAUGAGAUUCCACAGGAAUUGUUACUAGGAAAACAUCAACUAAGUGAGUUGGGUAGUGAAUCUGCAAAAAUCAAGGCAAUGGGCAUUAUGGACAAGCUUUCAACAGAUAAAACAGUAAAAGUCUUGAAUAUUUUGGAGAAGAAUAUUCAAGAUGGAUCAAAGCUUUCUACAUUACUUAACCAUAACAAUGACACUGAAGAUGAAGAGAGGUUAUGGAGAGAUCUUAUUAUGGAAAGAGUCACAAAAUCUGCUGAUGCUUGUCUUACUGCUAUCAAUAUUAUGACAUCACCUAAUAUGCCUAAAGCUGUAUAUAUUGAGGACGUAAUAGAAAGAGUUAUUCAAUACACAAAAUUUCAUUUACAGAACACUCUCUAUCCUCAGUAUGAUCCUGUGUAUAGAGUGGAUCCUCAUGGUGGUGGUGUUUUGAGUUCAAAAGCAAAACGUGCCAAGUGUUCCACCCACAAGCAAAGGGUUAUAGUGAUGUUAUAUAACAAAGUUUGUGACAUUGUCAGCAGCUUGUCAGAGUUGCUAGAGAUACAGCUUCUUACUGAUACAACUAUUCUUCAGGUAUCAUCUAUGGGAAUAACACCUUUCUUUGUAGAAAAUGUCAGUGAACUACAAUUAUGUGCCAUCAAAUUAGUGACUGCAGUGUUCUCCAGGUAUGAAAAACAUAGACAGUUAAUACUGGAAGAAAUUUUCACUUCCCUUGCAAGACUACCAACCAGCAAGAGGAGUUUGAGAAACUUCAGGUUAAACAGCAGUGACACUGAUGGAGAGCCUAUGUAUAUUCAGAUGGUAACAGCACUAGUUCUGCAGCUUAUUCAAUGUGUGGUGCACUUACCAUCAGCGGAAAAAGAUACUAAUUCAGAGGAGGAAUCGAACAAGAAAGUGGAUCAAGAUGUGUUUAUUACUAAUUCAUAUGAAACAGCCAUGAGAACAGCACAGAACUUCCUUUCAAUUUUCUUGAAGAAGUGUGGCAGUAAACAAGGGGAAGAAGAUUACAGGCCACUGUUUGAGAACUUCAUUCAAGAUCUUCUUUCAACAGUCAAUAAACCAGAAUGGCCAGCUGCAGAGUUGCUACUUAGCUUAUUAGGAAGGCUAUUGGUUCAUCAGUUCAGUAACAAAUCUACAGAAAUGGCAUUGAGAGUUGCAUCACUUGACUAUCUUGGAACUGUAGCUGCAAGACUGAGGAAGGAUGCAGUCACUAGCAAAAUGGAUCAAGGAUCUAUAGCCAGAAUCCUCAAACAGGUUUCAGGAGGAGAAGAUGAAAUUCAACAGCUGCAAAAGGCCUUGCUAGAUUAUCUGGAUGAGAACACAGAAACUGAUGCAUCAUUAGUGUUUUCUCGGAAGUUUUAUAUAGCGCAGUGGUUCCGUGAUACAACUAUGGAGACAGAGAAAGCAAUUAAAUCUCAGAAGGAUGAGGAUUCAUCUGAAGGAACUCACCAUGCAAAAGAUGUUGAGACCACAGGACAAAUCAUGCACAGAGCAGAAAGUCGCAAAAAGUUUCUUCGCAGCAUCAUUAAAACUGCUCCAUCUCAGUUCAGUACCCUUUUGAAGAUGAAUUCCGAUACUGUGGACUAUGAAGAUGCAUGUUUGAUUGUUCGCUACUUGGCCUCUAUGAGGCCGUUUGCCCAGAGCUUCGAUAUUUAUUUGACACAGAUUCUCCGUGUACUUGGUGAAAAUGCAAUUGCUGUUCGAACAAAAGCCAUGAAGUGUUUGUCUGAGGUUGUUGCUGUAGACCCCAGUAUUCUUGCCAGGCUGGAUAUGCAACGAGGUGUUCAUGGACGGUUAAUGGAUAACUCCACUAGUGUACGAGAAGCGGCUGUGGAGCUGCUUGGCCGGUUUGUGCUCUGUCGUCCUCAGCUUGCUGAGCAGUAUUAUGACAUGCUGAUUGAGAGAAUAUUGGAUACCGGUAUCAGUGUCAGAAAGAGAGUCAUAAAGAUACUUAGGGAUAUCUGCAUUGAACAACCAACAUUUCCCAAAAUAACAGAGAUGUGUGUGAAAAUGAUUCGAAGAGUCAAUGAUGAAGAAGGCAUUAAGAAAUUAGUAAAUGAGACAUUCCAGAAGCUCUGGUUUACUCCAACUCCACACCAUGAUAAAGAAGCAAUGACAAGAAAAAUACUAAACAUCACUGAUGUGGUUGCAGCUUGUAGAGAUACAGGGUAUGAUUGGUUUGAACAACUUCUUCAAAAUCUGUUAAAGUCAGAAGAGGAUGCCUCAUAUAAACCUGUGAAGAAAGCCUGUACUCAACUUGUUGACAAUUUGGUUGAGCACAUUCUUAAAUAUGAGGAAUCUCUAUCAGAUUCUGACAACAAAGGUGUGAAUUCUGGUCGCUUGGUUGCUUGCAUAACCACUUUGUUCUUAUUCAGCAAAAUCAGGCCCCAGCUAAUGGUCAAGCAUGCCAUGACUAUGCAGCCAUACCUGACCACUAAAUGUAGUACCCAGAAUGAUUUCAUGGUGAUCUGCAAUGUUGCAAAAAUCCUAGAGCUUGUAGUGCCGCUGAUGGAACACCCAAGUGAGACCUUUCUUGCCACUAUUGAGGAAGACCUCAUGAAACUCAUCAUCAAGUAUGGCAUGACGGUUGUUCAGCAUUGUGUGAGCUGUCUUGGGGCUGUUGUGAACAAGGUCACCCAGAACUAUAAAUUUGUGUGGGCCUGUUUUAAUAGAUACUAUGGUGCACUUUCAAAAUUAAAAAGUCAACACCAAGAAGACCCCAACAGUACAAUACUUACUGCCAAUAAACCAGCACUGCUUAGAUCACUUUUCACUGUUGGAGCACUGUGUCGGCAUUUUGAUUUUGAUCAAGAAGAUUUUAAGGGAAACAGUAAGGUUAACAUUAAGGAUAAAGUACUUGAACUGCUGAUGUAUUUUACAAAGCAUUCAGAUGAAGAAGUACAGACAAAAGCCAUUAUUGGCCUUGGAUUUGCGUUUAUACAACACCCAAGUUUAAUGUUCGAACAGGAGGUGAAGAGUCUGUACAACAGCAUUCUUUCAGAUAAGAACUGUUCAGUAAACUUAAAAAUCCAGGUGUUAAAAAACCUUCAGACUUACUUGCAGGAGGAGGAUACACGUAUGCAGCAGGCAGACAGAGACUGGAAAAAAGUAGCAAAACAGGAAGACCUGAAAGAGAUGGGUGAUAUUUCCUCAGGGAUGAGUAGUUCCAUCAUGCAGCUAUAUCUCAAACAGGUCCUUGAGGCUUUCUUUCAUACCCAGUCCAGUGUACGCCACUUUGCUCUAAAUGUCAUUGCACUGACAUUAAACCAGGGUCUCAUCCAUCCUGUUCAGUGUGUGCCAUACUUAAUUGCUAUGGGCACAGAUCCAGAGCCCUCUAUGCGAAAUAAAGCUGACCAGCAGUUGGUGGAAAUAGACAAAAAAUAUGCUGGGUUCAUUCACAUGAAAGCUGUGGCUGGUAUGAAGAUGUCUUACCAGGUACAGCAGGCAAUCAAUACCUGCCCAAAAGAUCCUGUAAGAGGUUUUCGACAUGAUGAAUCAUCCAGUGCAUUGUGUUCACACCUAUACUCCAUGAUCCGAGGGAACCGUCAACACAGACGAGCGUUUCUAAUUUCUUUACUCAACCUCUUUGAUGAUACUGCAAAAACAGAGGUGAAUAUGCUAUUGUACAUAGCAGACAAUCUAGCCUGUUUUCCUUAUCAAACACAGGAAGAGCCACUGUUUAUAAUGCAUCAUAUAGACAUUACACUAUCAGUUUCUGGUAGCAACCUACUACAGUCAUUUAAAGAGUCUAUGGUGAAAGACAAAAAAAAGGAAAGAAAACCUUCAUCAGAUGAGGAGACUGAGAGUGACAGUAACAGUGGUAGUGAGAGCGAAAGUGAGGAGGAAGCUUCUAAGCCUCGGAGGUUACGGAAACGAGUAGACUCUGAUUCAGAUUCCGAUGAAGAAAAUGAUAUAAAUGCAGUAAUGAAAUGUUUACCAGAAAAUUCAGCUCCUUUAAUUGAAUUUGCAAAUGUCUCCCAAGGUAUAUUAUUACUUUUGAUGCUGAAACAGCAUUUAAAGAACCUCUGUGGAUUCUCUGAUAGUAAAAUUCAGAAAUAUUCUCCAUCUGAAUCUGCAAAAGUUUAUGAUAAAGCGAUAAACAGGAAGACAGGAGUGCAUUUCCAUCCAAAACAAACUCUGGAUUUUCUGCGGAGUGAUAUGGCUAAUUCCAAGAUCACUGAAGAAGUGAAGAGGAGUAUAGUAAAACAGUACUUAGAUUUCAAGCUCCUUAUGGAACAUUUGGAUCCUGAUGAAGAAGAAGAAGAUGGAGAGGUGUCAGCUAGCACAAAUGCUCGGAACAAAGCAAUUACCUCGCUGCUUGGAGGAGGCAGCCCUAAAAACAAUGCAGCUGAGACAGAGGACGAUGAAAGUGAUGGGGAGGAUAGAGGAGGAGGCACUUCAGGGUCAUUGAGAAGGUCAAAACGAAAUUCAGACUCUACGGAGUUGGCAGCACAGAUGAAUGAAAGUGUUGAUGUCAUGGAUGUCAUCGCUAUUUGCUGUCCAAAGUACAAAGACCGACCACAAAUUGCAAGAGUAGUACAGAAAACCAGCAAUGGCUUCAGUGUUCAGUGGAUGGCAGGCUCCUACAGUGGCUCCUGGACUGAGGCUAAGCGCCGUGAUGGCCGUAAACUGGUGCCUUGGGUAGACACUAUUAAAGAGUCAGACAUUAUUUACAAAAAAAUUGCUCUAACGAGUGCUAAUAAGCUGACUAAUAAAGUUGUGCAGACUUUACGAUCGCUGUAUGCUGCCAAGGAUGGAACUUCCAGCUAAUGAAUUUGUACAUGCAGCCAAAUUUACAGGAAUUGAAAUAACAGAAAAACUUGAAAUAUCAACUUUCUGGCAAAAAAAAAAAUCAGUUAAAUGAAGAGUAAGAAUGGAACCUGGGACACGGGAAAAAAGAAGGAAAUGUUUGGUAAACAUUUUUGUGGGAGCUUCCUUCGCUGUUGUGCAGCAGAAACUUCUCAGUUCAUUUUUACUCCCACUGUAUUAUAGUUUAACAAAAAAAAAAAAAUUGUUUAUAUCUUGAAAAAAACCUUUCUGUUUAAAAAAAAUAAACAAGUGAAUGUUGGAAAUUAGUCUGUUAAUGUUCUUAAUAAAGUGUUCUUGGAGUUUAACCUAGCAGCGGAUGGCUUUCUUUAGUUUAGCCCAGUUUCCAGGGAAGCAUUGUUUUUCCAGGCUGUAAAAUGGCAGAAUCUCCUGGAUAUAUAAUUUAUUCUGUUGAAGAAAAGGAGGGAAAAAAAAAAAAAAAGAAAGAAAAAAAAAAAAAAGCAUGCAGUAUCUAUGACCUAUCUGGAGGAGGAGUUUUUGUAAAUGUAGAUUUUGAUGUAUUAGGUCACCCUGAAAUAAUACAAGAAAAGGGAUCCCCAGCAAAUCUGGUGGAACAAAUACUGCAAUAAAUUUUUUUACUUCUCUUUGUUACUUGUCUGUUUCCAUUUGAAUUUCUUAUUGUAAAGAUCUGUUUAAAUCCAUUUAUAUUAUUUUGCAGUCUUUUAUGUAAAAUUUACUAUAUCAGUGGUUUUCGAAACAAGACAUAAAAUAUUGUUUAUACAGUUUGUAUAGGCGAACUUCUGAAUAAUUGGUAUCUUUUUAUUUUUAUCCCUUAAAGGGUGUAAACACAAGUUAACUCCAGGGUUUUAUUGUAUCCUGCAAUAUUUAGUAUUAACUAUAUGAUUUAGCACUGUGCCAAACACGUUUUCAAGAGUACAUUUUGAUAUAAAAAGAAACUAUAGUUUA